AUGACUGAAGAAAUAUCGACGAAUCAUCCUCCAUUAAGUGAACAAAAUUCAAAUGAAAUUGUUGCUAAUCCUGCAUUUAUCACAUGGCAUUAUCCUCCAUAUUGUGAACUUUGUAAUGUUUAUUUUUCUGGUGAAUCAUGUUCGAAAAUACAUUUUGAUGGUCGAAAUCAUAAGAAUCGAUUACAUACAUGGAAAAAAUAUCAAAAUAAUUUAGAAACACUUUCAAAUAAUUCAAAACAAUUUCUAUGUGAAAUAUGUUGGAAAGAAAUGAAUACACAAUUAAUUUUGGAUAAUCAUUGUAAAAGUCCCGCACAUUUAAAAGAAGUUAAAGGACGUUCAAUUACACAAAAAUUAAAAGAUGAAUAUAGACAAUUAAAAGAAACCAAUUCAAUAAAAUAG